UGCCCAAUACGCUUCCUCUCCAUAAAAUCCCAACACAAAUAUAGAUAACUCACCUGAUACCAAUUAGAUAUCCCAAAUUCGUACUCUCGAUUGAGAUUCAUAUCGAUAUUGAUAUAAAUAUACAUAAAUGGCGUUAGAAUUGGCAGGUUCGAUUGGCACUAGUGCAAGUUUAGCUCUAAGAUUAGGACAAGCUCUUUUCUCUGUUGCUUCCCUGCUUUUCAUGUGUCUCGGUGUCCAAUUCUACGCUUAUACUUCUUUCUGCUUCUUGGUGACAAUCAAAGGUUUAGUGAUUCCGUGGAGUUUGACACUAGCAAUGGUCGACGCAUUCUCUCUAUUUGUAAAACGCCAAUCAUGCUGUCAAGCGCAAAUAGUGUUGGUCAUUGUUAUAGGAGACUGGAUUCUUUCAUUCUUAUCACUAGCAGCUGCGUGCUCAACAGCUAGUGUAUCAGAUUUCAUGGUCACAGAUGUCGGUACUGCCUUUUGUAGCGGUAAAAUGUGCAGCAGGUUUCAGUUAUCAGCUGCCAUGGCCUGCUUUUCUUGGUGUUUGUCGCUAGCAUCUGCUCUUUUUAAUCUCUGGCUUCUCCCUUCUUUAUGCUCUCUCUAAUGACUAGCUAACUAGCUAGUUCAAUUUGUACUAAUUCUGAGUUUAAGAAAGUUGCAUAUAUCAGAAUAGUGGGUUGACUGCAUAAAAUCUUUAUGCCCGAUUGCCAGUUAACGAGA